GGUAGUGGUUCUUAUUUAUUUCAGAUAAUUGAUCAUUCUUAUUUCUUACUAAUCUGUGGAUAUUCGAUGACGCAUUCAUACACAAAAGUGGUUCCUUUACUUUUUUGCAAUUUUUUCUUCUCUACGCAAUAAAUAAUUGUUAUUUUGUGAUUAAAAACUAAUUUCGAUAUCAAAAAUUAAAUAUCAUGAGUUUCUUGGGGAAACUCUUUGGAGGAAAGAAAGAGGAAAAAGGGCCAACGACACAUGAAGCGAUCCAAAAAUUACGGGAAACAGAGGAGCUGCUGAUUAAAAAGUCGGAAUUUCUAGAAAAGAAAGUCGAAACUGAGAUACAAGUCGCUAAGAAAAAUGGGACCAAGAACAAAAGAGCUGCAAUUGCCGCUUUAAAACGUAAAAAGCGUUAUGAAAAGCAACUUAUUCAAAUUGAUGGAACACUCACACAAAUUGAGGCUCAGAGGGAGGCCUUAGAAGGUGCUACAACUAAUGCUCAAGUAUUGAAUACAAUGAGAGAUGCUGCUAAUGCUAUGAAGCUGGCUCACAAAGAUAUUGAUGUAGAUAAGGUACAUGAUAUAAUGGAUGAUAUUGCUGAGCAACACGACAUAUCACGUGAGAUCACGGAAGCUAUCAGUAGCAAUGUGGCCUUCCCCAACGACAUUGAUGAGGACGAGUUGGAGAAGGAGUUAGAAGAGUUGGAACAGGAGGAGCUUGACAAGGAAAUGAUUGGUAUUAGUGUCCCAGCUGACAAUCUGCCUGAAGUGCCUGACAAUGAGUUGGCUGAUAAACCAAAACCUAGCAAAUCCAGGGAAACUGAAGACGACAAAGAGUUUGCAAUGUUGCAGUCCUGGGCUACAUAGAACAUUAAUAACGCUUGUGAUAUAUAUAUAUGCAUAGGAUAAUAGCUUCUACCAAUUAUGUCGUACAGACUAAAUAAGUGUUCAAUUUUAUUGUAAAUUUAGUUUUGUAUUUCAUAAUUGCUUUAUUCUCACUGUGUAAAGAUUUUUCAAUGAUAUACAUAGAUUAUAGGUUUAGGUGUUUUAAUAAAGCUAACACAGACUAAUUAAUAAGGUUAUCUAUGGAUUUUGACAGUUCGAGAUGUCAAAUUCGCUGUAUAAUUUGACAGCCCAAGUUUUUUUUAAUUGAUAUGUUAUGAAAUGAGCAUGGCGCGGAUGUAUUCUGCAUCUGUGUUAUUAUUUUUAUGGCAACUUAGUGUGCGUAUCGAAUCGGAAAUUGAACCUAUAUCCUGCUUAUUAUGUGACUUAAAUACGCAAGAAGCGGCAGUUUGUAGUAAACAAUUGUGAUGAUAUUUUUUUAAAUUUUGGAAUUUAUGAUAUUAAAAAUUACACUUUUAUUAGCCCUAUGAAAAAUUGCAAUUGAAAAUUUUCCAUUGAAAGCUAGCAUUUUCUAUAAACAAUUAGUGUUUUCAAAAAAUCUUGGUUUCGUCUCAAUUAUGUAUAGUCCGCUUGAAAUGGCUUCCGGUUGCUAAGGCAACUAAAAAUAAAUAUGAAUACCUGUAUUCUAUGCAUAAUCUUGAGUAGGGUUUUUUGUACAUUAUUGUUUGUGGUUAAGCAUUAUUAUUAAUAAAAUAUUUUUUUUACUUUUGUUUUACUUUUAUUUAAGAUUUAACGAAUUUGUGUAUAUUUCAUCAAGUUUAUUCAUCAAACAAUAAAAAUAGUUAAUAUAUUUGUUUGUGCGUAUUAUGGAUUUACUAAUGUAGUGAAAUCUAACCUUAACUAACUCGGUAUUAACACUAUUUUAAAUUAGUUUAUCCGACGACACGAGAUACUAAAAUAAUCUUUUAAAAUCCAUUACACAGAUUAAAAAUAUAACAGAUCUAAAGUGUCUAAAUGACCUUGUUCAAUAAAAAUACCGUCGAAUUACAUGUUUUAAAAAAUACUCUGGUUUCUCGAUAGCAGUGUAUUCACAGAUUGACCGAAAGAGACAAUAGAGUAUGUUAAAGAGUGCAUGUUUGAGUAUUUAUGAAUAAGGGAGUAACAAGAUUGUGCUAAUAUUUAUGUUUUAGGUGAAAUAUUGAUAGCGUUUUUAUAAUGUAAAUUUAGUGUCGUGAAUUGGACUGUAAAAUUACUUUUAAAAAUGGUAUGUCAAAAUAGGAAAGUUUUGAAAAUGGAAUUUGUAACAGUUGAAAGCGUAAUAACGAAUAGCAAUUGGAACUCUGUAUCAGCCUUAUUUAUGUAUAAAAAAAUUUGUCCUAAUUAUGUAAUAUUUUCUUAGGCUAUAAUUAUGUUCAAUAUAUUUUAUUUAAAUUAAA